AUGGCCCGUACCAAGCAGACCGCUCGCAAGUCCACCGGCGGGAAGGCGCCGCGCAAGCAGCUGGCCACCAAGGCGGCUCGCAAGAGCGCGCCGGCCACCGGGGGCGUGAAGAAGCCGCACCGCUACCGGCCCGGGACCGUGGCCCUGCGGGAGAUCCGCCGCUACCAGAAGUCGACGGAGCUGCUGAUCCGCAAGCUGCCCUUCCAGCGCCUGGUGCGCGAGAUCGCGCAGGACUUCAAGACCGACCUGCGCUUCCAGAGCUCGGCCGUGAUGGCGCUGCAGGAGGCCAGCGAGGCCUACCUGGUGGGGCUCUUCGAGGACACCAACCUGUGCGCCAUCCACGCCAAGCGCGUCACCAUCAUGCCCAAGGACAUCCAGCUGGCCCGCCGCAUCCGCGGGGAGAGGGCCUGAGAGCGAGGGGGACGUUCGAACACCAAAGGCUCUUUUCAGAGCCAACCACAGAUUCGGAGAAAA